CUUUACUGGUCUGCAAAACAUCGUACACCACGAAGAAAGACAACCUACAUGACUUUGGCAUUCUGAAAAUUUCCCGAGGAAAAUCCCAAUUCUCUUCUGUGAGUAUGAAAUCGUUAUAGCUGAAUCAAACCCAUUAAUAGUCUUGGCUUAUGUUUCAGUUUGAUAUCUCGUCAACGAUUGCAUUUUGUAGGAGUUGGUAUUAUAUUAUCUAGGGAGUAACCGAAAGUUAGGAGAUUUCUUCGUGCCAUGCUCGUCUAGGGAGUAACCGAAUAUAUACAGGCGUUGUAUGAAUAUUGGUCCUCUUUGAUUUGGUUCUUGCUGAAUCAGAUGUUUCUGUUUCUGGGUAUUUCUGUAUUAUGACAUAGAUUUUGGGUUUUUAAUUGUGCUGAUAUUCCUCGUUUUUCCAGCUGGGUCUGGUUUUUGUAAUCAUCGCCUGAUUUGUCUCCAUCUCCCUGCCCCUCCUCUGGGCAAUUCCCAUUUUCCCAUAUAUCCCUGGUUCGUGUUCCUUUAACAUUUAUUUUAUGAAGUUUAUCAGACACCCUUUUCAUUCAAUCUUAUUUACUUGACUAGCAGUUAGUACAUGAUAGUAUCUAAUUUACUGGGUUUCUGAGGGAAUUCUGUUCAUUGAAACAAAUAUUGUUGGGGAUUUGUUGAUCUGGGGGGGUAAUUGUUCUGGGUGGUUUUAAUUGGGAGCUGCAUUUCUUGUUGGCAUCCGAAGUCAGAAAAGUAAAAUUUUCUUGUUUGUCAAUGGCCUUGGUCUCCUUGAUUUGAAUUUGGGCUUCACUUUGAAAAAGUACUAGUUUCAUAGAAAGAAAUGAAAACUGGCAGAAGGAGGAAGUUGAAUUUUAGCAAGCUCUACUCAUUCAGAUGUGGGAGAGCAUCUUUUUCGAAAGAUGAUCAUUCAGAGAUUGGGGGGCCUGGAUUUUCUAGGGUGGUUUAUUGCAAUGAACCAGGUAUUUUUGAGGCUGCGAUUCGCCAUUAUGCUGCCAAUUCCGUUAGGAGCACAAAGUACACAGCAACAAGUUUCUUCCCAAAGGCCUUGUUUGAGCAGUUUAGGAGAGUGGCCAAUUUUUACUUCCUUGUCACAGGCUCCUUGGCCUUCACUCCACUUGCUCCUUAUACUGCCGUCAGUGCUAUCCUACCUCUAUUUGUUGUGAUCGGGGCCACCAUGAUCAAGGAAGGUAUUGAGGAUUGGAGACGGAAACAGCAGGAUAUUGAGGUGAACAAUAGAAAGGUUAAAGUGCAUGCCGGUGGUGGAGUUUUUGAGCAUACUGAAUGGAAGAAUCUCAAAGUAGGAGAUAUAGUGAAGGUGGAGAAGGACGGGUUCUUUCCAGCAGAUCUUCUCUUGCUUUCAUCCUGUUAUGAGGAUUCAAUCUGUUAUGUGGAAACAAUGAACCUUGACGGGGAAACAAAUUUGAAACUAAAACAAGCACUAGAGGUCACUUCAUUUUUACAUGAGGAUUCCAAGUUUAGCAAUUUUAAGGCCCUUGUUAGAUGCGAAGACCCAAAUGCAAAUUUGUACUAUUUUGUUGGAAGUAUGGAAUUUGAAGAGCAAAAGCAUUCCCUAACUCCUCAGCAACUUCUCCUUAGAGAUUCCAAACUCCGUAAUACUGAAUACAUAUAUGGAGCUGUUAUCUUCACUGGUCAUGAUACGAAGGUUAUUCAAAACUCUACCGACCCCCCUUCAAAGAGAAGCAAAAUCGAGAGGAAAAUGGAUAAGAUCAUCUACUUCUUAUUCGGUGUCUUAUUUACAAUAGCUUUUAUUGGAUCAAUUUACUUUGGCAUUACAACAGGGGAUGACCUUGAAAACGGAAUUAUGAAAAGAUGGUAUUUAAGACCCAAUGAUUCUACGGUAUACUUUGAUCCCAAAAGAGCCCAAGUGGCUGCGAUUUAUCACUUUCUGACGGCCGUGAUGUUAUAUGCUUAUUUGAUCCCGAUCUCUUUGUAUGUCUCAAUUGAGAUCGUCAAAGUUCUCCAAAGUGUCUUUAUCAAUCGAGAUAUUUAUAUGUAUUAUGAAGAAGCUGACCAACCUGCUCGUGCAUGCACAUCAAAUUUAACUGAGGAACUUGGCCAAGUUGACACAAUACUUUCUGAUAAGACAGGAACAUUAACUUCUAAUUCAAUGGAGUUUGUUAAGUGCUCUAUCGCUGGGACGGCCUAUGGCCGUGGUGUUACAGAUUCUUCUGAUGCAAAACCCCUCAUUAAGGGCUUCAAUUUUGAGGAUAGAAGGAUCAUGAAUGGGAAUUGGGUGAAUGAACCCUGUUCGGAUGUCCUACAAAAGUUUCUUCGUUUACUAGCGAUUUGUCACACUGCCAUACCUGAAGUGGAUGAAGACACCGGUAAGGUGUCGUAUGAAGCUGAGUCACCAGAUGAGGCGGCUUUUGUGAUUGCAGCAAGAGAACUUGGUUUUGAAUUCUAUGAAAGGACUCAAACAAGUGUCUCAUUGCAUGAGUUGGAUCCUGCGUCUGGCAAAAAAGUUGAAAGGUUGUAUAAACUUCUAAAUGUUUUAGAAUUUAAUAGCUCAAGAAAGCGGAUGUCUGUAAUAGUAAGGGAUGAGGAUGGAAAGCUAUUAUUACUCUGUAAAGGUGCUGACAGUGUCAUGUUUGAAAGGCUGGCCAAAAAUGGAAGGGAGUUUCAAGACGAAACCAGGGAACAUGUAAAUGAAUAUGCUGAUGCAGGCUUGAGGACCUUAAUGCUUGCUUGUCGGGAACUCAAUGAGGAAGAGUAUGAUGAGUUCAAUGGCAAGUUUGCAGAGGCAAAGAAUUCUGUCAGUGCAGAUCGGGAAGCAUUGAUCGAUGAAGUGGUCGAGAAGAUUGAGAAGGAUUUGUCUCUUCUUGGUGCAACAGCGGUUGAAGACAAACUUCAAAAUGGGGUUCCUGAGUGUAUUGACAAGCUUGCCCAAGCAGGAAUAAAAUUAUGGGUUUUAACUGGAGAUAAGAUGGAGACAGCCAUCAAUAUUGGUUUCGCGUGUAGUUUACUGAGACAAGGAAUGACACAGAUAAUAAUAAACUUGGAGACACCAGAAAUUAGAUCUCUAGAGAAAGCAGGAGAGAAGGAUGCCAUUGCCAAGACUUCAAAGAAGAGUGUUCGCGACCAGAUAAGUAAAGGGAAGGCUCAACUUACUGCAUCAAAAGGAAGCUCUCAUGGAUUUGCUUUGAUCAUCGAUGGUACAUCACUUGUAUACGCGCUAGAGGAUGACAUGAAAAAUCUAUUUUUAGAACUUGCAGUUGGCUGCGCAUCUGUUAUUUGCUGCCGUUCAUCACCGAAACAGAAGGCAAUGGUCACUAGGCUUGUUAAAGAGGGAACUGGAAAAACAACAUUAGCGAUUGGUGACGGUGCCAAUGAUGUGGGAAUGCUUCAAGAAGCUGAUAUUGGUGUUGGAAUCAGUGGGGCUGAAGGAAUGCAGGCUGUCAUGUCAAGUGAUAUUGCAAUUGCUCAGUUCAGAUUUUUGGAGCGGUUGCUACUGGUGCAUGGGCAUUGGUGUUACAGAAGGAUCUCGUCCAUGAUAUGCUACUUCUUCUAUAAGGAUGUCACGUUUGGUGCCACGGUUUUCCUAUACGAGGCACAUGCGUCUUUCUCCGGGCAACCUGCAUACAAUGAUUGGUUUUUGUCAUUGUACAAUGUUGUCUUCACAUCACUUCCCGUGGUUGCUUUAGGCGUUUUUGACCAGGAUGUAUCUGCUCGGCUUUGUCUCAAGUUUCCUUUACUUUACCAAGAAGGUGUUAAGAAUAUCCUCUUCAGCUGGCAUCGAAUACUAGGUUGGAUGUUCAAUGGGCUUUGUAGCGCUACCAUCAUCUUCUUCCUCUGCAUAAAAACAUUGGACCCCCAGGCCUUCAACAGUAAUGGAAAAGUCGCAGGGUAUCAAAUCGUGGGGGCCACAAUGUACACUUGCGUUGUUUGCGUGGUGAGUUGCCAGAUGGCCCUCGCAAUUAGCUACUUCACCUUGAUCCAACAUUUGGUGGUGUGGGGCGGAAUAGCUUUCUGGUUGCUUUUCCUACUGGUAUAUGGAUUCAUGCCUCCUAGGGUUUCCACCACAGCUUACAAAGUCUUGGUUGAGAGCCUUUUCCCAUCACCCUUAUUCUGGUUAUCCACACUCUUUGUGGUGAUAUCAGCACUGAUCCCUUACUACUCAUAUUCAGCAAUUCAGAUGAGGUUCUUCCCUUUGUACCAUGAGAAGAUACAGUGGUUAAGUCUUGAGGGCCAAUCAGAUGACCCUAAAUAUAGCGAUAUAGUGCAUCAGGGAUCGAUAAGGCUCACGAAUGUGAGGCCCAAAGCAAGCAUGGCAGUGGGGAACAACAGCACAGAAGAUAGGAUUCGCAAUCAGACAAUAAAUGAAGGGAACUGACUGUUGAGAGUAGAUAUCGAUGUACAGAACCAUACUGUCAGGAUAACCAUAUGUUUGGAGAGGAAAAUAUUAGCUGAAGACUGCAGAGCCUUAGUAAUUUUUGAUUCUUGCCCUUCUGAGGCACCAGUAUUUCUGGUAUUUACAUCAUAUAACCUGAGAAGUUGAUUAUACUUGUGGACUCUGCUGUUGUUGCUUCCCCUCGUCUUGUUUUCCUUUAAAUAUAGUAAAGAGAGAAUUUCUUGUCAAA